AAGUUCGGUUGCUACUGUGAUAGCCAGCUACUGAAAUAUUGCAUUGGGUGUGUAAGUCAAUAAUUGGUGUGUUUCAUGAAAGAUAUGAUACACGAGGCAUGCACCCGUCGCCUUGUAUAAUUCCAGAUCUUCUAGCUAUCGGUGCUUCCGUGCCGCGCGUGGGCCCGUAGCCAACCCAAGUGUUUGAAUUCUCUGUUAUCUAUAUCAUAGCUAUCUAUAUAUCCCCAUAACCAAUCAUAUCCUCCAUUAAUCCAACACCAUGGACCUGCAAUAUCCCUUCUUACUAUCAACACCAUCAUUUACCAUCUUCUUCGGGCUGCUCUUAUUUCUCUUUGUUCUUUCAUCCAUAUGGAGAAGGAGCAGAACCCGCACGGCUACAACCAGAAAAUCACCACCAGAAGCAAGUGGUGCGUGGCCUUUGAUUGGUCACCUCCACCUCUUUGGUGCCUCAAAACCACCUCACGUUACGUUGGGCAACAUGGCUGACAAAUAUGGCCCCAUUUUCACCUUGCGUCUCGGUGUUCACAAAACGCUGGUUGUGAGCAAUUGGGAAAUGGCCAAACAGUGCUUUACCGUCAACGACAAAGCGUUUGCUAGCCGUCCUAAAUCAGUGGCCUUUGAAGUGUUGGGGUACAACUUUUCCAUGAUUGGGUUCAGCCCCUACGGUUCUUAUUGGCGUCACGUGCGCAAAAUUGCGACGCUGGAGCUCCUCUCUUCUCACCGCAUAGACAUGAUCAAGCACGUGAUGGAGUCGGAGGUGAAGGCAGCAGUGAAAGAAAUUUACGAUAUUUGGAUAGACAAGAACAAGAGUGGUUCAGAAAAGGUAACAACUGAGAUGAAGAGAUGGUUUGGGGACAUAAUGCUAAAGGUUAUGUUCAGAACGGUGGUUGGAAAACGUUUUGUUUUGGAGACUGAAGAGAACGAACGGAUCCGAAAGGCAAUGAGGGACUUGUUUGAUCUUAGCGGUUCAUUCUCUGUGUCUGAUGCUCUGCCAUAUUUGAGAUGGUUUGAUUUGGAUGGUGCAGAGAAGAAAAUGAAGACAACAGCGAAAGAGUUAGAUGGGUUUGUUGAAGUUUGGCUCCAAGAACACAAACGCAACAGAAAUAAUAGUGGUUCGGGUCAAGAGAAAGGUAACCACGACUUCAUGGACUUGCUUCUUAACCUUGUUGAGGAGGGUCAAGAGUUUGACGGUCGUGACGGCGAUACCACGAUCAAAGCUACAUGCCUGGCAUUAAUUUUAGCGGGCAUGGAUACUACAGCAGGGACAAUGACUUGGGCUCUCUCAUUACUUCUCAAUAAUCAUGGGAUCUUAAAUAAGGUUGUCCAUGAAUUAGACACGCAUAUUGGAACGGAAAAGAUGGUAAAGGUAUCGGAUUUGAAGAAGCUAGAGUAUCUUCAAUCUAUCAUUAAGGAAACAUUGCGCUUGUACCCAGUUGGACCACUUAGUUUGCCACACGAGUCCAUGCAAGACUGCACUGUGGGUGGAUAUCAUGUGCCUAGUGGCACUCGCCUCUUGACUAACAUUUCAAAACUUCAACGAGAUCCCUUAUUAUAUUCCAAUCCUUUAGAGUUUUGCCCAGAGAGAUUCCUGACAACCCACAAGGACAUAGACGUUAAAGGUCAACAUUUUGAGUUGAUUCCAUUUGGUGCAGGUAGAAGAAUGUGUCCAGGACUCUCUUUCGGUCUUCAAAUUAUGCAACUAACACUAGCUACUCUAUUGCAUGGAUUUGAUAUUGUAAUCCAUGAUGCAAAACCUACGGAUAUGCUUGAACAAAUUGGGCUAACCAACAUCAAGGCCUCUCCACUUCAAGUCAUUCUUACACCACGUCUCUCUACUUAUAUUUAUGAUGAAAUUUAUAUAGUCUAAAAUAAGACAGAGUAUUAGGAUGACCUACCUGUAUGGACAAUAAGCAUUAAACCUACUCCACUCAAAGGUGUCAUGAAAUUACUUUAUUCUAUGUGUAUAUUUUGAAGCUUAAGAUAUUAAAUGAACAAAACCGGUGACAUUAAUUACU